AUGUCUCAUGUGUUCCACUUCUCUCUCUGGAGUAACUCUUUCCCAUCUUUCUCUGGUGUGCAUUCCUUCUCCUCGCUCCCUCUCUCUGGUGUGCAUUCCUUCUCCUCGCUCCCUCUCUCUGGUGUGCAUUCCUUCUCCUCGCUCCCUCUCUCUGGUGUGCAUUCCUUCUCCUCGCUCCCACUCUCUGGUGUGCAUUCCACUCUGCUCCCACUCUCUGGUGUGCAUUCCACCCCUACCUCUCUCUCCCUUUGUUGUGCAUUCCUCCCUCUCUGUUGUGCAUUCCUCCCCUCCCCCUCUCUGUUGUGCAUUCCUCCCCUCCCUCUCUCUGGUGUGCAUUCUUUCUCUCUCUCUCUCUCUCUCUCUGGUGUGCAUUCUUUCUCUCUCUCUCUCUCUCUCUCUCUCUGGUGUGCAUUCUUUCUUUCUCUCUCUCUCUCUCUCUCUCUGGUGUGCAUUCUUUCUCUCUCUCUCUCUCUCACUCUCUGGUGUGCAUUCUUUCUCUCUCUCUCUCUCUCUCUCUGGUGUGCAUUCUUUUCUCUCUCUCUCUCUUCUCUCUCUCUUCUCUCUCUCUCUCUCUGGUGCAUUCUCUUCUCUCUCUCUCUCUCUCUCUCUCUCUCUCUCUCUGGUGUGCAUUCUUUUUCUCUCUCUCUCUCUCUCUGGUAUGCAUUCUUUCUCUCUCUCUCUCUCUGGUAUUCAUUCUCUCUCUCUCUCUCUCUGGUAGCCAUUCAUUCUCUCUCUCUCUGGUGUGCAUUCUUUCUCUCUCUCUCUCUCUGGUGUGCAUUCUUUCUCUCUCUCUCUCUCUCUCUGGUGUGCAUUCUUUCUCUCUCUCUCUCUCUCUCUCUGGUGUGCAUUCCUUCUCCUCUCUCUCCACUCUCUGGUGUGCAUUCCUCUGCUCCCUCUCUCUGGUGUGCAUUCCACCCCUACCUCUCUCUCCCUUUGUUGUGCAUUCCUCCCCUCUCUGUUGUGCAUUCUUUCUCCUCCCCCUCUCUGUUGUGCAUUCCUCCUCCUCUCUCUCUGGUGUGCAUUCUUUUUCUCUCUCUCUCACUCUCUGGUGUGCAUUCUUUUUCUCUCUCUCUCUCUCUCUCUGGUGUGCAUUCUUUUUUCUCUCUCUCUCUCUCUCUCUCUCUGGUGUGCAUUCUUUCUCUCUCUCUCUCUCUCUCUGGUGUGCAUUCUUUUCUCUCUCUCUCUCUCUCUCUGGUGUGCAUUCCUUCUCUCUCUCUCCUCUCUCUCUGGUGCAUUCCUUCUCCUCUCUCUCUCUCUCUGGUGUGCAUUCCUUCUCCUCUCUCCCUCUCUCUGGUGUGCAUUCCUUCUCCUCGCUCCUCUCUCUCUGGUGUGCAUUCCUUCUCCUCGCUCCCUCUCUCUGGUGUGCAUUUUUUUCUCUCUCUCUCUCUCUCUCUCUGGUGUGCAUUCCUUCUCCUCUCUCCCUCUCUCUGGUGUGCAUUCCACUCUGCUCUCUCUCUCUGGUGUGCAUUCCACCCCUACCUCUCUCUCUCCCUUUGUUGUGCAUUCCUCCUCUCUGUUGUGCAUUCCUCCCUCCCCCCUCUCUGUUGUGCAUUUUCCUCCUCCCUCUCUCUGGUGUGCAUUCUUUCUCUCUCUCUCUCUCACUCUCUGGUGUGCAUUUCUUUCUCUCUCUCUCUCACUCUCUGGUGUCUCAUUCUUUCUCUCUCUCUCUCUCUCUCUCUCUCUCUCUCUCUCUCUCUCUGGUGUGCAUUCUUUUUCUCUCUCUCUCUCUCUGGUGUGCAUUCUUUCUCUCUCUCUCUCUCUCUCUCUCUGGUGUGCAUUCUUUCUCUUCUCUCUCUCUCUGUCUGGUAUGCAUUCUUUCUCUCUCUCUCUCUCUCUCUCUCUGUCUGGUAUGCAUUCUUUUCUCUCUCUCUCUCUCUCUCUCUCUCUCUCUCUGGUGUGCAUUCUUUCUCUCUCUCUCUCUCUCUCUCUCUCUCUCUCUCUCUGGUGUGCAUUCUUUCUCUCUCUCUCUGGUGUGCAUUCUUUCUCUCUCUCUCUCUCUGGUGUGCAUUCUUUCUCUCUCUCUCUGGUGUGCAUUCUUUCUCUCUCUCUCUCUGGUGUGCAUUCAUUCUCUCUCUCUCUGGUGUGCAUUCUCUCUCUCUCUGGUGUGCAUUCUUUUCUCUCUCUCUCUCUGGUGUGCAUUCUUCUCUCUCUCUCUCUCCAUUCCUUCUCUCUCCUCCCACUCUCUGGUGUGCAUUCCACCCCUACCUCUCUCUCCCCUCUUGUGCAUUCCUCCCUCUCUGUUGUGCAUUCCUCUCUCCCCCCUCUCUCUGGUGUGCAUUCUCUUCUCUCUCUCUCUCUCUCACUCUCUGGUGUGCAUUCUUUCUCUCUCUCUCUCUCUCUCACUCUCUGGUGUGCAUUCUUUCUUUCUCUCUCUCUCUCUCUCUCUCUGGUGUGCAUUCUCUCUCUCUCUCUCUCUCUCUCUCUCUGGUGUGCAUUCUCUUUCUCUCUCUCUCUGGUGUGCAUUCUUUCUCUCUCUCUCUCUCUCUCUCUCUCUCUCUGGUGUGCAUUCCUUCUCUCUCGCUCCCACUCUCUCUGGUGUGCAUUUCCUCUGCUCCCUCUCUCUGGUGUGCAUUCCACCCCUACCUCUCUCUCCCUUUGUUGUGCAUUCUCCCUCUCUCUUUGUGCAUUCCUCUCCUCCUCCUCCUCUCUGUUGUGCAUUCCUCCCUCCCUCUCUCUGGUGUGCAUUCUUUUUCUCUCUCUCUGGUGUGCAUUCUUUCUCUCUCUCUCUCUCUCUGGUGUGCAUUCUUUCUCUCUCUCUCUCUGGUGUGCAUUCUUUCUUCUCUCUCUCUCUCUCUCACUCUCUGGUGUGCAUUCUCUCUCACUCUCUGGUGUGCAUUCUUUCUCUCUCUCUCUCUCACUCUCUGGUGUGCAUUCUUUCUCUCUCUCUCUCUCUCUCUGGUGUGCAUUCUUUCUCUUUCUCUCUCUCUCUGGUGUGCAUUCUUCUUUCUCUUCUCUCUCUCUCUGGUGUGCAUUCUUUCUCUCUCUCUCUCUCUGGUGUGCAUUCUUUCUCUCUCUCUCUCUCUGGUGUGCAUUCUUUCUCUCUCUCUCUCUGGUGUGCAUUCUUUCUCUCUCUCUCUCUCUCUGGUGUGCAUUCUUUCUCUCUCUCUCUCUCUCUCUGGUGUGCAUUCUUCUCUCUCUCUCUCUGGUGUGCAUUCUUUCUUCUCUCUCUCUCUGGUGUGCAUUCUUUCUCUCUCUCUCUCUCUCUGGUGUGCAUUCUUUUCUCUCUCUCUCUCUCUCUGGUGUGCAUUCUUUUUCUCUCUCUCUCUCUCUCUCUCUGGUGUGCAUUCUUUUUCUCUCUCUCUCUCUGGUGUGCAUUUCUUUCUCUCUCUCGAGUUAAGCAUUCUUCCAUCUGUAUCUCUCUCUUUGCUCCGCAUUCCCACACUCUCUCUGUCUGCACUCCGCGUUCCCACACUCUCUCUGUCUGCACUCCGCGUUCCCACACUCUCUCUGUCUGCACUCCGCGUUCCCACACUCUCUCUGUCUGCACUCCGCGUUCCCACACUCUCUCUGUCUGCACUCCGCGUUCCCACACUCUCUCUGUCUGCACUGCCCCCCUCUCUCUGUCUGCACUCCUUUUCCCACCCUCUCUCUGUCUGCACUCCUGCGUUCCCCACUCUCUCUGUCUGCACUCCGUUCCCCUCUCUCUGUCUCUCCCUGUCUGCACUCCGCGUUCCCACACUCUCUCUGUCUGCCUCCGCGUUCCCCCCUCUCUCUGUCUCUCCAGCGUUCCCCCUCUCUCUGUCUGCCUCCGCGUUCCCACUCUCUCUGUCUGCACUCCAGCGUUCCCCCUCUCUCUGUCUGCACUCCGUUCCCACCUCUCUCUGUCUCUCUGUUCCCCCUCUCUGUCUGCCUCGUCCCCCUCUCUCUGUCUGCACUCCGCGUUCCCCUCUCUCUGUCUGCACUCCGCGUUCCCUCUCUCUGUCUGCCUCCGUUCCCCACUCUCUCUGUCUGCCUCCAGCGUUCCCCCCUCUCUCUGUCUGCACUCCAGCGUUCCCCACUCUCUCUGUCUGCCUCCGCGUUCCCACCUCUCUCUGUCUGCACUCCAGCGUUCCCACCUCUCUCUGUCUGCCUCCGCGUUCCCCCUCUCUCUCUGUGCACUCCAGCGUUCCACUCUCUCUGUCUCCGCGUUCCCCUCUCUCUGUCUGCACUCCCGUUCCCUCUCUCUCUCUGCACUCCGCGUUCCCUCUCUCUGUUCCCACCUCUCUCUGUCUGCACUCCAGUUCCCCACUCUCUCUGUCUGCCUUCACACACAGUUUCUCUUUGUCUCUUACUAUUCCUACUAAUGGCCUUGCAGACAUUACUGCCACCAUUUUAGAAGCUGGCACUUCACCAAAUACACUGAGUGCUGAUGAACUUACACCUUUGACUAUCGCUGCUAGGCAUGGCCAGUCUGUGAUUGUUGAUUUACUCAUUCGAUGGGACUGUGCUGUUGACCUGAAUGUGGGACCACAGCAAAACACAGCUUUGCAUUAUAGUGCCUCUGAGAAUCAUUUUGAAUGCUGCCAAUCACUCCUGGAAGCUGGUGCCUCCGUAAACUCCCAGAAUGCAAUAAACAACACUUCAAUUAUCUUGGCUGCUAGCAAUGGCCAUAACAACAUUGUUCAACUUUUACUCAAAUGGAAUGCAUCAGUACGUCAGGGUGGGUCACAUGAUGCCAGUGCCCUGCAUAUGGCUGCUGCAAAUGGUCAUGUGAAUUGCUGCCAUAGUUUAUUACUCGCCAAAGCUGACAUAGAAAGUGAGGAUACUUUUGGCAAUACUCCCUUGAUGUGUGCAGCUGAGAAGGGUCAUUACAAUGUGAUGGCACUUCUCCUGAACCGCAGCUGCGAUGUUAAUCACAUGAGCCACAGUGCAGUCACAGCUCUCCACCUUACUGCGCAACAUGGUGAUGUUGAAUGUGCAAUGUUCCUGCUCGACUGCGGUGCAGAGAUUGACGCACAGGAUAUCCGACGGUUUACUCCCCUGAUGAUGGCCUCUCUGAAUGGACACGAACGAGUUGUGGAUCUACUUACGCGGCGCAAAUGCAAUGUCAACAUGGUGGCAUAUAACAAGCGAACUGCACUGCAUAUGGCUGCAGAAAGGGGAAAGCUGAACUGUUGCAAGCUUUUACUUGAAGCCAAGUCAGCUAUAAAUGCACAAGACGUUCUUGGUUGCACACCCAUUCACGUAGCAGCUAGCAAGGGUCACAUAGAUAUAAUCAAGUUUUUGAUUGACCAAGGAGCUGAUAUACAUAUGAAGACUGUGGGUGGGGACACGCUGUUGCAUUUUGCUGCAGCAGGAGGCAGUGUUGAGUGCUGCAAGUUGCUCUUGCAGCAUGGCUUUGACAUUAAUGCACAGAACUAUGACUGUAUCACGCCACUAGUGAAUGCUGUCAAGCACCAGCAGAUAUCUACAAGCAAGUUACUUCUGGAGGAAGGCUGCAAACUUAAUCAUCGUGGUCUGCAUGGAAUGACUGCUCUUAACGAAGCUGUCUUUUAUAACAACUUCCAGCUUGUAGUGAUGCUGCUGCAAUAUGGCGCCGAUCCAGAUAUUGAAGAUGCGGUUGGUACAUUGCCACUCUGGUUUGCCAUCGACAAUGUGAACCUUGAUAUGGCCAAAGUUCUGUUACUUGCCAAUGCUCGAAUGAAUGAAGCUUCAAGCUUUCUGGAUGCCUGUGCUCCUUGUAGCCCUCUUGAGCAUGUGCUUCACCAACAGAAAGAAACUCUGAUCAUUUGGCUGGCAAAAGCUUAUUGUGAGAAGGCCCUCAACGCUUUUCGGAACCACUUGGAUGUUUUGCGCAAGAUGCCUUCAGUGAAUGAGGACACUAUUGAUAUGGUGCAAGAACUCUCAUGUACUACCCGGCCUCUUAUGGAACACUGCCGUCAGUGUAUCCGAAAGACUUUUGGUAAAGGUGCUAGGGUUUCAAAUGAGAUUCAAAGACUUGAGAUUCCAGUGAGCAUUAAGAAUUAUUUGUUGUAUAGUGACUUUGAUGGCUUGUAG